AGGGGGGCAGGGUGACUCUCAGUAGGUCAACCCCUUCCCUUUUGCUUCUCGUUCGUCUCACUCUCUUCCAGCAUUUAACCAGCUAGAAACUCAAUCUCAGAAACUUUAACUCAAGAAUUUCUUGGACACAAAUGGAAACCUAAAAGAGGCACUUCGAAAUUAACAGGACCAAUACAAAAAAAACAAAAAAACAACAAAGAAUAGUUCACUGGAUUUCCUUCCAUUUUCUCCUGUGGGGAAGGUCUUGGGGUAUUUUUAGACCUGCAGUGAUCCAGCUUAACACAAUUGCUGGGCGCUUUUUGCUGCUGGAUUUGAGUGUUGCCUCCAUCGUCUUUUUCUCACAAUCAACUGGGGCCAAAGAGGAUUUAACGAAGGAGUUACAUGCGUGUUUCUAUGGUAACAGUACAUUUUCCCGAGCCUUUAAAGGACUGAAGGUUAUCACUGAACAUCCAGCAAAAUCAAAGUCCAAGCUCCUUUCACCAAUGAGCAGUCAAGCCAACGGUGGGGUGGUGGCCCCUCAAGCUCGGACCAAUCAGAGGACAUUUUUGGAUGAUGUCAUUUUGACCUUUACUUCACCAAUGGCCUGGCUGCUGGUUGUGGCUCUGGUCAUCACAUGGACGGGAGUCGCCAUCGUUCUCUUUGAUCUGCUUGACUAUAAAACUCUGGCAGAGUACACAUCAUACUGUGAAGACCCCGUGUGUUUAUCUCCUGGUCUCCCUCCUCCUUCUGCCAUCGCUAAGAGAGGUGUGAAGGCUAGAGGUGGCUUUCGUCCAAUAAAAUCAAGCCCUGCUGGGGUCCCUGGCGACGUCGCGGCUCGGGAGAGCACUGAUUGGUUGGAGAUGGUAUGGACUUUUGCAGCCAGUUUGGUAGCUCCUGAUGAUGAGGAGGAAGGUAUUCACCAGCUAACUGACACCCUCACAUCUUUCCACUCCGAGGAGCCCUGAACAACAGGAUUGCGGUGAGAGGACAAGAAUGGACAAGUAUGAAGAGCUGGAGCGAGGAAGAAAAGGCAAAAAGAGACGAGCGACUGCCUGAAAUGGAAGAGAAGAUGUAAAGAAACAGAAGGAGGAAGAGGAUGUACAGUUAUCGCACUUGUGUUUCUUUCUGUCUGUUUGUUGGAAUUUGGAACUGGAAUUUGAUGAAUAAAAACUGCCAAAUUCCUG